CUCCUGUGCUUUCACAGAAGGUGCAUCUCAGCCCUCAUUGUCGCUGUUUUCCCCACGCUCUGGCGAUCGGUCUGCGAGCUUAGCCGACGGACAAAGAAAGAAGGUAGAAGGGCAGUUCCUGCUUGCUGCGUUCGUCUCUCAAGGGUUCGAUCGAGGUAUGGCUGCCAACGAGGGACCAGAGGUGAACGUGGAGGCCAAUGUGACGGAUGAGAAAGAUGAGGGCAAGAGGGCUGCGGAUGCGCCGGCCGAGGACGAGCCAGCCGACAAGAAGGCCAAGCUCGAUGACGGCACGGCAGCGCCCAAGGUAUCGGUCAACAUGGGGGAGGUGCGGCGACAGGUCGAGUACUACCUCUCCGACCAAAACCUGCGCCAGGACAAGUUCUUCCACGAGAAGAUCUCCUCAGCCAACGACGUGAGUGCGGAUGAGAGAAGGCACCGAAGCCAUACACCCAUCCUCAUGCAUUCAGACAUACCAAAUGCUCCCGGAGUUUGUUCGUGUGUGUUGUUGGUUCCUGUCAGGGAUGGCUUGACAUGAAGUUGAUCUUGGAGUGUCCGCGCAUGAAGCUGCUCAAGGCGACGAAGGAGAACGUGCUGGAGGCUCUCAAAGGCUCGCAUCUCGAGAUCAAAGACAACGAAAGUGAGGGAGGGAGGGAGUCAUGACGGUGUGUGUCCUUUCUCACUUGUGAGCUGUGCGCUCACUGCCUCCCUCUCUGUUGGUUACUUUGGUUCUCUCAGCUGGCUGUGCCGUUCGACGGCUGACUCCGCUGCCCACCUUGGUGCCUCGCUCUGAGAGGAAGCAGAAGAACGAGCCAGGCAACGUCAGAUACUCGGCACAUCUCGGCGGGUGGGUGACCAUCGAUGGGAAGGAUGCACACACAUACAUGCGACGGAAUUUAUACCUGUGUGUGUGUGUGUGCGCUGGUGUGUGCGGAUCAGUGUGGUCUUGUCGAUCAAGGACAUCCCGGAGGAGGUGUCGUGGAACGCCGUGCGGGACAGACUCGGGGACCGCGUCAAACCACAAGGCGUAAGUGAAGACCAGGCAGCCACGCGCCAUUUGCCCUUGUGUCCAUCGCUGUCUGUCUACACAUCUAUCUAUGUGUGUAAAUGCAUCAAACGAUCCAUCCAUCAGGGCAAGGUAGAGUUCGCGACUCAGGUCAAGACUGAGAACUCCGAGAGCGUGCUGCUGUGCUCGCCAUUCGACGGAGAUGUCGACUUCCUGGAUGGGGUAAGCCUUCGUGGGAGGGAGGAAGGGAGAGAAAGGCUUCGACUGUCGACCGAUGGGUGUGCCUCGUGUGUGUCGUCCCUCCUACGACUAUCAGUUGAAGAUUGACCUGGCCGGCCGUGAGUGUGAGGCCAAGGUGCUCUACGGCGAUGCGCUCAAGAAGGGCAUCAAGGUGUGUAGCUCAGCCGAGCAACUGUCACUGAUAAAUGUCCUCAUAUCAGCAGCAUGCCUGUGUGUGUUUGUGUUGGUAUGACUGACUGUGGUGGGUGCAGGACAUUCCGCCGCACUUGAUCAAAAAGCGCGAGAAGGCCGCUAUGAAGCGGCGACAGGCACAGGUACUCUUUCAUGCAGCGCUCGUGCUGCCGCGCCGUUCAUUGUGCUCUCAUUAUGCCGCUGGAUUGGAUGGUGCUGCUUUGUGCAUGUGUGUGUGCCUAGGGUCAGGGCAAGGGCGGCGGGCAGAUAUCGCUCGCCGGCCAGUCCUUCGGCAGCGUCAACAAACUCAGAAACCGGCUCAAGGUGAGGGAGCGUCAACACACGCAGCGCGACACACUCCGUGGAUCACAUUCCAUUCCUGUUGGUCGCACAACACACAGGGCGUGAUUGCAUCCCACCCCGACAACAAGCCGAUGAACAAGGACAGCAGCGACUACAAACUGGUAAGCACCACACACGCACACACACACACACACACUCUCACACAUCGACGCCUGCCCGCCCGUGGUGGUGGUCGGUGUGCAGGUGGUUGCUCUGCUGGACUACCACCCACGAGCCGAUGAGAAGAAGAAGGGUCAGCCAAGCCAGCGGCAACCGUCCGUCCAGCCGAUGCUGCCACUCUCACUUAAUUGCCUCUGCGUGUGUGCAGAAAUGACGGGCAUCAAGGUGGACGUCAAGGACUUCGACGGCCAGAAGUCUCGAUGCUUCCACGUCAUCAGAACCGACGGCACCUCUGAGGUCGGCUAUCAAUACGGCACGGACACACGCGUGUUUCUUGUCUGGAUGCGUGUGUCCGUGUGUGCAGGAUUUCAGCUACACCAAGUGCAUGAGUGAGUACGAGAGGCGGUUGAAGGAGGACACGCCAGCCGCUGCAGCUGCAGCUGCCGCCUUACCUGCAGACGCCAAGCCAGGCGACACCAACGCCAACAACCCUGCCGCUGCCAAUGCAGAUGCAGAGGAGGAGGGCGAGAAUGGCAAGAACGGCCAAGACGACAACGGCAGGGGGGCUGACUGACGAUGAAUACAAUGCUUGAGCCUGACUGACGGAAGUUAACGAGCCUGACGUGGGAGGAUGGUCAGUCAGGUGUUUCUUUCCUUUCGGUUUUUGGGAGUUUCAAGCGACUGGCUGAAGUUGUGAUGUGUUGUGUAAGUGUGUGAGAGUGUCGUCGUGCCAGUGGUGCAUCGUGGGUGGAUGAGAAGCCGUGUAGGCUUCACUUCACUGGGGUGGUGUCUGGAUGUUGGUGCCUGCCUGUGUGAAUGCAAUGCGUUUCCUGACCGACCGACCUGUCGAGCGCUGAGUAUGCAAUGAGAAUGAGGCUCCUGGAGACUCGGCAGGAAGAUGAGAGAAAGCCACAGACACGAUGCGAUGCAUUCACUCUGGUGUAAUCGUCCGUCAUUGUCA